AUGAAAGCAUUGAUUGUAGAAGAUGUUAGGACAAUUCAAACCGGGAAAGUUCUGGUUCUGACAUCUCUUGGAGUGACUGUAACGACGGUGAACGACGGUGCAGGCGCUGUGGACUUGCACCACAAUGGCAGGCAUUUCGACAUUAUUUUUAUGGACGAUCGUAUGCCGGGCAUGAACGGCCUGCAGGCAACUGCGAAACUUCGUAAGAUGGGGGUUGACUGCACUAUUGUUGGGCUUUCAUCGGCAGAUGAAACACCGAAACACAUCCGCAAAUUUAUGGAAGCGGGUCUUGAUUAUCAUCUGCUGAAACCGAUGAGUAAUGCUACAGUUAGACCCAUUCUCCAGGAGGUUGGCCGUGCUAGUGCUUCUGGUGAUGGUGCUUCUGGUGCUUCUGGUGUUUCUGGUGCUAGUGCUUCUGGUGAUGGUGCUUCUGGUUCUAAUGCUUCUGGUGGUGGUGGGGCGAACUAA